AUGAAACCCGUCACUCUUUCUUUCCUCCUCGGCCUCGCCAGCCUCACCAACCUCGCUACAGCCCGCACUGAUUUGGAAGGCUGCGUCUCCACCGAAGUGAUAAUCGAGAAAUACUACGCCAGCUACCUCUGGUACGUCCCAGACAGCGGCGAAAUCUGCUCAUUCCUCGACUGCGGCGGCGGCCGCGCCCCCCCAAAAACUACCCAACCAGGAUGUCCCCAAUACACUGGAACCGAAACCCUUACUCCCGAUUACCUCGAGGGCUGGGGACCCAGCGGCAAACAGGCUGCCUCUACAAGCACCGUGGCAUCGACUGCUUCGUCGACUGAUAUUGCGCACACUUCCGCUACGCAAACUUCCGCGUCGGACUCGUCUUCCGCAUCUUCAUCUUCUUCAUCCGCCUCCGGCACCCAGGCUACCGAUAGUAUGAUCACGGCUUCUCCUUCUGGUCUUAGCGCGGUCGCGACUUCUUUGAAGGUUUCCACCUCAUCCAACGAGGCUGGUGACGCUACUUCUACUUCUGCUGCCGCGACCAGCUCGUCCACUUUCAAUGCGGCCGCUACCCCUGCCUCUAAUGUGGCUGGUGUCAUGGCCGUGAUGGCUGCUGUGGUCGGGGCUAUGGUGCUGUAA